AUGACAGGAAGCAGCAUGUGUGCCAAGUGGUCGAAAAAGAAAAUGCAGGAACAGCGCUACCACGUCCACUUGUACAUGCUAGUAUCGAUUCACGGUGCUCGUGGGACAGCGCAGCAAACGGAGCGUGCAAUUGCGGAAUGA